AUGGUUGCUGAACUGUUGAUUACGACGGAUAUGAUAACUUCUUUCAAGAGUUGCAUUGGUCAGAAAAACUACAAACACUUUUUCGAUAAAUACAAAAGAACUCUGUGCAAGGAUCUUGACAAUUUCACCAGUGUAAUAUUAGAAAAUGAAACGAGUAUUGUGAUUGCUCAAAAUGUAAGAAACCUGGUCAGAUACUUGGAAAAUUUCAAUCCCCAGUACCCAGGAAGCAAUGUGAAAGGAGCAAAUGGGUUUGGGAAUGUUAUCGGAAAAAUUCACGAUGAAAUGAAAGAUGCAAUUUUGGGAAUGAAUUGGGAGUUUUUUUACAAUGAAUAUAUUCCACGUAUCGAUGAAAUCAUCAAUGAAGCUAGACAGCAGAAAAUCAUAUUUGUGAGAGUGGAACAUGAGAAUAACUGGUACCCAAAUUUUUCUACUAGAGGGAAUGAAUACUUUAUCUUGCAAACAACUGAUAGUAAUCCAACAAGAGGAGAUCCAUACUACAGCAAAAACUCUGGUGAAAUGCUCAAAUCCAAACCUGCUAGUUCUAAGGAAUUAAUGACAUCCCAAGCUAACUUGAACGGCAGUCAUUCAAAUAAUUCAAAAGUUGGAAAUGGAAGGAAUGACUUUCAAAGCGUCACCUCUCCUUUUGCAAAAAACUUGACACCAUCUGCCAAUUUGGGUAAUCCCGGAGGAAAUGAAGAUGAAACAACACAUGUUCAGUCAAAAAUUACCAAUUUCACAUUAAAAUCUGGGGGGCCACAACAUGAAACUAGCCGACAGGGUAAUUUCUCAGCGGAUAGUCACACAAGUUCUUCGAGAAAUUCAAAUAUCAGAAAUGGAACAAUUGAUUUUUCAAGCAAUUCUUCUGUUACAAAUAGUUCGGCAACAAUCUCAAAUAUGGGCCAUAACGGAAGCACUAACGGAUCGCAUUAUCAUAUUUCAUUACAUGGGAGUUACGGUAAUUCCUACAACUCUACAAACUAUCCAACGCCGCCGCAUCACAUUGCAAUUCCAGAUGACAAUGUUACAAGCACAGAGAAAGAAAUCCAGGAAAUCAGCUCUGAAUCCAGUGUGAGCCAUAUGAAGCCAAUGGAAGAAAUAGCUGUUUCAUCAUUCAAUCAUAAAUCCAUUAUUCCUUCAGAGAACCAGUCCAGUGCUUCCCUCGGCAAUCCAAUAAACCAUAACAAUCAAUGUGGCACCAAACGGCUAAUCCAAACAGCAAGUGGAACCAAAUUUGAUGCUGGAAAUGUAUCUAUUCAAAGGGCUGACGGUCCAAAAGGCUUUGGUACAGUCGCAACCAUUCCAGUCGAGAGUCAACCUCAUGGUUACUCCAUAAUCUCUUCAAACACUAUGCGAGAUACUCUUUCGCAAUAUGGGACCCUCCCAGAGAAUGCUCAACGGAAUCAAACCAAUGACUAUCAAACCCUGCGCCAAUUAGAAAUGCCCAAUUCCCUACAAGAAAGUCUUUUAGCCCCAAAAGAGUCUGAAGCAUGGGCCGACCAAGCCUUGAAUAGUUUACGGUUACCAACACCGGAUGAACAUCAUUCAAUUCGUGAUUCAGAAUUUGAGAAUGAGAAAUAUGACAACGAUUUCUUCACUUACAAUGCAGAUAUGAGUUUCCUUAAUCAUCAAGCUGAUGUGAGACUUGAAAGAAACAUUGAAAAAGAAAUGAUUGAAAAGGGUAAAAAUACCAGCGAAGAGCUUCGUGAGCAGAAAGAAAGCCAAUUUUAUGCUCCACUGGAUCCGAACAUCUCAUUAGAAUCCGAAGAAGACAACACACGUUUCAAUGAAGAUCUGGAACAAUUAAAAGCUAAGCAACGAGAAGAACUGGAAGAGAAACGAAGAGAGCGACGAAAAAGGCAAGCGGAGUUGGAAGAGGAAAUGAGAAAAUUGAGAAACGAAUCCGAAGAAAGAUUCCGAAUUUUCAUUUCAUGUAUUCUUUUGAGAAUGCGGUUUGAAGAGCAAGAGCAGGAUUGGAUGGACUGGAUUCAAACUUGCAGGAACCACAUUGCUUCUCUGCAUCGCUACUUUUCAAUUUUUAAGCAAGAAUAUCAUACGGUUUUUGGGAGAAAACACCAACCAGACAGUGACGAUUUGGAGGAGUUCCAGAAAGAGCGAAAAAGAUUCUAUAGCUUUUUGAUAGAAGUAUUUAACGAUUUGGAAGACGAUUUCGGAAAAUUGAAUUCGAUAGAGGGCUACUCGGAAGUUUUGUUUUUGAGAAUCCUUCAGAGUUGCCUUGCGAAUGUGGCCACAGAACUCUUAACAAUUGUUAAUAUUGUUUCAAACCUUCAAACUGAUAAGCAAUCAUUUACUGAACUUGAGGAGGCCAUAUCAAAACUGAGAACCGAAAAGAUCUACUCAACGUCACAACUGAGAGCAAUCUGUAAAACUGAAGAUACAUCUGAAAUAUAUCAAAAUGUGAAAUUUCCCAAGUUGAAUAGUGUACCAAUUAUUGAGGAAACCUAUUAA